AUGGGCCAUGUGGAGGAUGCGUCAGACGCAUGCCUCUUUCUUCGCUUAGGCGGCCGCCCGAACCUGGAGAGGAUCGUUUAUGAGCUUUACGACUUGAUGCGGUUUGACAGCCUUCUUGGACCACAGUUUGAGAGGUUUGCCAGGACGGACACUACUUUUAUGCGCUUGAAGAUUCGCACGGUGGACUUUCUCGAAUGGCUCUUAGGAGGCCCUUAUGUCUACGACGGCCCAGACUUGUUUGUAGCCCAUGCCUCCAUGCAUAUUGACAAUCUCUCCUACACUCAGAUGAUGAAGCUCUACCAGCAAGUCCUAGUCGGAAUCGACGACAUCGAUGAGCUCAGCAAGCAAGAGCUCUUGCAGGUCCUUGAGGCACAGCGCGGACCGGUGGUAGAUCCUUACAAAGAGUUCGAAAGGGAGCACGAGGAGCGCUGGCAGCGGCUGAAGGAGGAGCGGGAGAUCCGCGAGAAGAAGUUGGGGAAAAAGAAGUUCAAGUCCUUUGAGACCCGGAUCUUGGAGCAGGAGCGCGCCAAGGGAAGCCCACCCGCACAGGACUUCCUGGAAGUUAUGGCGCGUACGGCUGGAGUGUCAGACGUGUCGCUGCACCGUCCCGCAUCCGUGCGCCAGGUGGCAUCCCCGCCUCUGGCAUCAGGUGAGAUCCCAAGACGGACCAAGCACAAGAAAAAAACUCGCCCCCAUAGCGCCGAGAACUGUGUGACGGUGGAUUUCACCCCGUGCGCAGACGAGGUCAAGCAGCUGUCACAUCGCUUCUCCGAGCUCCUUCCACGCCUGGGAGCGCUUCCUGCGCGACGACUGCUGCAGUUGACUGUUCAGCCACCGCCUGGCGACCGUUUGGAAGAUGCAGUGUGCACUCUCGUGGAGCUCGGUGCUUUGACCUCGAGACGGGAUGAGCAGGCACGGAUCACGAUCCUGGGCCGCAUGGCCAUCGUGCUUCCUCUGGACCUGCGUCUUUGCCGUCUGGUCCUUUUCGGUGCACUCUUCGGCUGCGCAGCGGACGCAGUCGUGAUGGCGGCCGCCCUCAGUGGACAGGACCCUUUCUCUUCGCCCAUGCACAUGGUCAUCAAGGACCACCUGAAGUAUGCGCGCGCACUCGCGAAAUCCUUCGAGUCGCGGUGGCACUUCGAUGGGGGCGCCCUGAGCGAGCCCAUCAUGCUCCGGAACUUGUUCAAGGCAUGGCUGAAAGGCCUUUCCCAGGAAGGUGAGGGCACGCUAGGCUCCCGUCUUCGAGUGCAGCUGGGUGCCAGUCAGCGCAGCAUGCUCCUGAAGCACUCGCAAGAGUUUGCCAAGGACCACGCGGUCAUGCCGAAGAGGCUAACUCAUCUGGCCCUCAGCGUGGUCGAGAUAGCUCAGAGGACGCUGGAGUUUCUCGCCCCGAACACACCGGAGCCGACGGACGGGCAUCUGCCAAGCCCUUCCCGUCGGCGCUUGGAAGCCCUUCUCGCUGCUCUCGGAGUGCAGCCCCCUCUUCUUGUGAAAGAUGCCAACGCUGCCGCAGAGCCGCAGCCCGUCUUCGAUCGCGUGGGCAUUCUCGGGGUCCCUGUCGCCCGGAAUCCCCAGGAUCUCCUGGAAGAUCGGGUCCAACAGCUGCAGAAGCCCUUGCGCCGGCUGGCCACAGGAAACUUUGAG